AUGAAUAUCAUACAACAACCUCUUUCAGUCACGCCUUCCGAAAACUUUACUGACCAACCUCUUACUCCUCCACCAACCGGAGAGAAGACGACACAAUUAGUAUUCCAAAUUUUGCAGGAAAUCAAGAAUCGGAGAGCUGGGCGUAGCUAUCAUAACGAAACUUGGUUGGAGUAUAAAUUGAAAGAUGAGGAGUAUGUAGACUUGUUGCGAUUAAUUGAAAGCAAUGAGUCUCUUCGUGGAUUCUGUGGAGACAAGCUUCGGCUUACACAUUUCCACGCAAUAAUCAUAAGCGAGGUUGUGACAGAAUUAACACGGCAACUCGACUCCAUUGCUUCCAGCGAAAGUCCUUCCGCCGAGUUUGCACAAGAGAUAAAUCUAAUCGGCUCGACAACCAUCGGUUUCGAAGAUCCAAAAUAUAGUAAACACGAUCCAGACGCACAGUUUCUUCACUCGGGGGCACGUUAUCCAGGUGUCGUACUCGAGGUUUCAAACUCACGGAAACGCAAAGACUUGAAGCGAUUAGCUGAGGAUUAUAUCUAUGAGACCAACGGUGAUAUUCGCUUUAUGAUUGGCAUCGAUAUAGAUUAUCGGGGAAGCAAGGAGGCUACCCUAUCUGUUUGGCAACCUCAGAUCAUAGCUAACGAUGCUGGGGAGAUGGAGUCAUCCGCGAUAAAAAAAAAAGGCCAUCCGAACGAGUCGGCAGAAGCAGGUUUGCGCCUCCCACUUCAAGAAUUUGCAACGAAAUCUGUAGUGGAGCUCUACGGACCAAUAAAUGAUGAAUUAUUUAUAUCUGCCGCUACAUUAUUUGCAUAUGUCGAGGAGGGUGAGGAGGAAGCUGCAUUAGUGGAUCAGAGGAAGGGAAUCGUCAUGCAAGAAAAGCUAUGGGUGAGAAAGCGACGGCGGUCUAUUACGCCGGAAGAGGAGCUUGACGAGAAGCGUGAAAAAAGUUUCCGAAGAGAUGAACAAGAGGCACAACAGCGGGAAGCUAAAGAUGACUCGUCGUAUUAG